AUGGGGACUGAGUCUGAGACGACGACGAUUUCCGUAGAGGGAUAUGACACUAGGCUCCGUGUGUAUUCUCUCAAGCUCGCCUUGACCAAACACUUCUCUUCAUGCGGAAAGGUCGGAUAUGUUUAUGUUCCAAGGGAUCGUAAAAGGGGCAUCCUCAAGAGUGUAUCCUUCCUGUGGAUCGAGGGAGAAGAAGAUGUUGAAGAAAAGGCAUUGAAACUUAGUGGAACUGACGUGGGAGGAUGGACUGCUAUCGUUAAGCCUGCACCCAUGCAGAAAGAAUGCAGGGAUCCUUGGUCUGCUGCUGUCCUGAUGAAAAUCGAAACCCACAGGGUCCGUGUUACCGGAUAUGACACUUCGCUUCCUGAGAUUGAUACCCAGAUUGCGCUGUGUGAACAUUUCUCUUCAUGUGGAGAGGUUACGCGAGUUGUGGUUCUCCCUUGCGGUGCAGCUUUCAUAUAUCUUCAAGGAGAAAGAUGUGAAGUUAAGGCACUUAAACUAAGUGGAUCUAACAUGGGAGGAAUGAAUCUUUUUGUUGGACCUAUUCAUGGGGGACCGGAAAAAGUAAGAAUACAAAGACGCCGCCGCUGCAAUCCUUCUGGCUAUACGCCCCCAAGUGUUUUACUGGAUACGGCUGAGCACAAGAAGAGGAAGAUGGAGAUGGAUAUGGAGAUGGAGAUGGAUGAGAUGAAGAAAAAGAAGAUGAAGAUGGAGCUGAAGAAGAUUGACAAGGAUAUUAAGAAGCAUAUGAAGACGAUGGUGAAGAUGGAUAUGGACAUGAAAAAGAGUAUGGAGAUGGAGGAUGAGGAGAUGGCUCUCUCUUAGGAAAAUGACCGCUCAAUAAUCUUCUAUUAGUCCACCAAAGCUAGAGCUCGAACAUCAAACAAGUCUUAUGUAUAAU